AUGAUGCUUACUCGGGCGGCGCAAAAUAGCGCCCGCCUCCGUACGAGUUACCUCGAAAUAUUCGACUUUGUGCGUAGCAGAAGAGUUCCGACAACCCCAUCAUAUGUUCGCAUUAACUCUUCCCGGAGAGCUUUCCAUGGAGGUUCCGGUCUGCGCCAACAAGCCGGAGGUCUUUCAAAGCAGCCACAAUUCCUAGACACCUAUAAGAAGGCCGUCGAAUUUCCUCCUGCCACAUACGACUUUCAGACAUUUAUUUCCCAAGCAUCACCCGGUCAAGAUGUUGUUCUACACGGCUAUCUUGGGGUUCGGAAUGAUAUAUCCAAAAAGCUUUCCUUUGUCCGAUUGCAAGACCCAAGCAUGAAAUAUAGCGUGCAACUCGUCUCGACAGCUCGAAAUGAGACCUUUGAGAAACUUCGAUCUCUCCGGCCGAAUAGCCCCGUGACAGUGAAGGGGAAGGUCCAGGCUAAAAAGGCAAAGGAUGCGGAGAUGGAGAAGCGUGACCCCUGGGAAAUAUCUCUUGAAGAGCUCCAGCUUCUCAAUGAUUUCCCAAGCGAUAUAUGGAUGGCGCCCGAUAUGGUACAUCCUUCGAAACACAGGCAUCUACAACUGCGAACAAGCAGCGAGCUGCGUGAAGCCCUUCAGUUCCGAGCACAAGUGCGCAACGUUUGCAGGGAAGAACUAGAGCAAGGCCUUCCACCUUUUGUCGAGAUCGAAACCCCUCUGCUCUUCAAGUCUACACCUGAGGGCGCCCGAGAAUUCCUAGUUCCGACGCGGAAGCACGGUCUAGCCUAUGCACUUCCACAGAGCCCGCAGCAAUACAAACAAAUCCUGAUGGCCAGCGGGAUUCCAAGGUAUUAUCAGUUUGCUCGCUGUUUCCGAGACGAAGAUCUUCGGGCAGAUCGGCAACCUGAGUUCACACAACUCGACCUCGAGAUGUCUUUUGCGACGGGCGAGGACGUGAUGCGAGUUGUGGAGGGUGUCAUACGCCGACUGUGGUCAUCGCUAAUGGACACCGACGCCCCUUCGGGAUCAUUUCGGAGAAUGUCAUACCAGGAUGCCAUGAGCCGAUACGGUUCAGACAAACCCGACACUCGCUAUGGGAUGGAAAUUUAUAGAGUCGAACAUCUGCUCCCGGCCGACCUGAUCAAUAAGAUCACGCCUUUGACAAACCCAAUAGUCGAAGUUUUCAAGAUUGAGGGUAAUGAAAAUGACCCCGCAGCUACAUCCGAGUUCAUCACAAAAUUUCUGGACUCGCCCGCUGGUGCACCCUUCAAUGAUAACCCCGAGGGUGGGCCAGGUAUCUUCGUAUAUGACGCGAAGAAACCGUUAUGCGGACUGCAGCCGUUUGGCUUCCAAGCUGCCGAGUAUGUGGAGGAACUUCUAGAGCCUGACCAUGGCGAUUUACUCGUAUUACAAGCUCGCGAAGCCGCACCGUUCACGGGUGGUUCAACACCAAUAGGUGACCUUCGCCGGGCCCUGUAUUCCGCUUCAGUUGAGACAGGGUUCAAACCUGCUGCAACAGGAUUUCACUUCCUUUGGAUUGUCGAUUUCCCUCUGUUUUCUCCCUCUAGCGAGUCAGAGCCAGGCCAAGGCGGUGCUGCUGGCAUAUCCUCUACGCAUCAUCCAUUCACUGCCCCAAAAUCCGCCGCCGACGUGGAUCUUCUUCUUACGGACCCCACCAAAGUUGUUGCCGACCACUAUGACUUGGUAGUGAAUGGUGUAGAACUCGGCGGCGGCAGUCGUCGUAUCCAUGAUGCAGCCGCGCAAGAAUUUAUUCUCCGUGAAGUCAUUCAGAUGCCACCUGAACGACUCGCAGAGUUCUCCCAUUUGCUAGAGGCACUUCGCGCUGGAUGUCCUCCACAUGCUGGUCUGGCUCUUGGGUUUGAUCGUUUGGUAGCCGUCAUGCUGGGUAAGGAGUCAGUGCGAGACGUCAUUGCUUUCCCGAAGACCGGGAAGCUGGGAGAAGACCCGAUGGUCAAGGCCCCUAGCCCAGUGACUCAGGAGGCGUUGGAGACGUAUCACCUUCGUCUGAUUGACGAGUGA